AUGAAUCCAUGCUGGACAUGUCGCAACCGGCGCGUCCAAUGCGACCUGUCAGGAAGUCCAUGCGCCAAAUGCACCAAGGCCGGAGUGGAAUGCUUUGACAAAAGACCACUCAGGUGGGUCAAAGGCGUGGCGAUUCGUGGAAGGAUGCAAGGGUAUUCAUAUGAGGGCAACCAAAAUGAUUCCCCAAAGGCUUCCAAGAACGCGAAGCGGCCUCGAUCAAAGCAGGAUGUUCCAGCUUCUGCGUUGGUGAAAUCCUUCGAUGGAACCCGACGGCUGCCGACUGCAUUGCCAGAUCCAUCCAUGUUGAACCUGGACCAGGUUUCCAAAUAUUAUAUAGACUAUUAUAACGAACGCAUAUGCAAAUUGUUCAUUGUAUACGACAGCGACAGGAAUCCAUUUCGCAGCCUGAUCUCGUUCGGACUACAAGACCCGGUCUUGCAGAAGGCUAUUCUUGCUCUUGCUGCACGACAUCAUGCAAACACGGGGCAAUCAUUCAGUCAGAUUGAGGCGCCGACUUCGCCUGGUCUCGUCAAUGCCGAUCGCGAUGCACUAUCGUUUAAGCACCAAGCGAUGGAAGCUUUGUCUCGCACCAUUGGUGCUGGAGACACUCAGAAGAAUGACACCACUGUGGCUAGCAUAUUCUUGCUUAUCUUCUUAGACUUGCUUGAGUCUGGAGGUGAUGGGUGGAACUUUCACCUGAAGGGUGCUAAAAGCUUGAUUACAUCGUAUCGCCCAAUGCUCGAGUCCCAAGCAGGAGUCAAUGAUGGCCCCGGUCAGACAUUGCAGGAGAUAUGGGGAUUCAUAUCCAAUCAGAUUCACUCUAUUGAAACCUUGGGAGCAACCUUUUUACGACCAAAAACACUCACAGACUUUACCUCCGUCAACAAUGAGAAUGUGCAACCCCAAGAAGCAAUUGAGAAGUCUUUCCUCGGGUGCCCGGAAUACCUGCUGACGGCGAUCCAAUUCUUCUCCAACGAAAGAGACACCAUUGCGGAAUCCGACUUGUCCGAAGAAGCCACUCGUGAAACCCACAUACAAGACACGACUGCAAUGCUGGAGCUUGUCCAAACUUUCGACAGCUAUGCAUGGGCUCUGAGUGUUCAACACCCAAGACAGCCAUCGGUAGAUGAGAUAAGCAACCUUUGUACAUUAUCACAGGCGUUCAAAACUGGCACCUUGUUAUAUGGCGGACGUGUCUUGGACGCCCUGAAAGGGACUUACACAGUGCAAGACGAGCUGGUAUCUGAGCUUCUGGGGUUGCUCAAUGUCUUGAAAGAUGAUGAUGCCCUAUUCAAGUGUGUGCUGUGGGCGAUAUUUGUUGCUGGGUUGGAGUGUCAAUCCCAACCCCAGCGAGACUUUUUGGUUGAAUGCUUGGAGGUAUUCUGGAAGGACACGAGCUGUUUGAAUGUCGUCAAUGCGGCAAAGAUCUUGCGAAACUAUUGGGAGAAAUUAGGCUCGGAGAAUCCAUCCAAGUGGAUAUUUGACAUUGGCUGCUUGGGUCGCGACUGGCUUCUGUUAUAA